ACAACGCACAGGUAUUGGGACGGUUGCGAAUUUAUUUUGACAUAGAAAAAAUGUCGAGAGUUUAAUCAAACAAUUUCGGAUUGUAUAAGCGUCUGUCUUUACUAUUACAUGUAAAGGCUGUUAAAUAAAGAUCAUACAGUCAGUGUUAGCGUAUAAAGACAAAAUGUCGAGAGUUUAAUCAAACAAAUGAGGAUUGUAAAAGCGUCUGUCUUUGCUACUCAAGUCUGUAACAUAAAGGCCAGACAGUCAGUGUGUUGGCGUAUUAAGGUUUCGGCUCUAUAUAGAGGUGCCACUCCCGACAAGAGCGUUCAUUUGAAUCUGUUCCCGCCGGGUCCAUACUCUGGUCCAGUAGGGACAGAUUUGCUGAUCACGGCGCACAGCAAUCGGAAGAAACAGGGCAUCCUCUUUAGUAAGUGAUCAGGUGUGCCAACAAGCGCCCCAUAGCAACCAUUCGUUGGGGUCUACUGUCACCGUCAUAGAUCUGGGCACCAUCGUCUAUCUUUGGACGUUCUGAGAAAUUAUAUCCAAAAUGCUCACGAAAUGAAAAACAAAAUAACAACUACCAUAUAGGUCAUAUUAAGUCAAACAAACUGCGAAUGGAGACUGAAGAUUUUAAACUAUUGUCUAUAGACCUAGCGCAGAUAAUGGACGAUAUUGGAGUGAAUGAAGAAAUGGUUUCUUUGAGACGUCAUUUCAGUCUUCUAACGGAAAGAUAUAUAUCUGUAUGUUUUAAUUCCAAAUUUCCUUUCAAGGUUUUCAUUUUUGGUAGUCAAAGCGAGGGCUCUACGACGUUUGGUAUGAUGUCAGACACCGACACACUUACCUAUUCUGAAAAUGACGUGGCAUGUGUACACUUGUCGGACUGUCAGGAUUCAAAAAAAAAUUACUUAGUGAUAAAAGGACCAAUGUCUUUACCACAAUGCUGCUGCCUACAGCUCGUUGUACGAUUGCAAAACAACAAAUAUCUUCCUAUGAGUAGGGACUUAAUAUAUAACACAGAAAGCAUUGAAAAGAAUAGAUUUAUAUUCGAUGAACAAGGUCGAUUGUUGUUUAAUUCCAAGUUUUAUUUCAACAUGUUUGUUAUAUCUUGGGACAACUUGAAUUUGACGAGAGUUCAACAACAUGGACCUGCAUUCACGUACUUUAACAGCGAUAACGUCUGCGCAGUACGAUGUCUUACUUUGCCGGAUAAUUGUAAGGUUUUGUUUACGAGACCAAGGCCGGGCCACUGGCCCAAAAAAGGAACGCUUUUAAAGGCAGAACAAUGUGAAGUUUAUAUGGUGCAUUCCGGAGUUCAAAAGCAUACAUUUAGUUACGAUGAUGGACAUCGAUGUAGCUUCAUUAAAAUACAAUUCCAAAAUACGUACGUUGAUUCGCAUUUUCGAGUGUCCACUAACAUGAUUGAGCGUUUACUCAUGUUCGACCUUAACAUCGUACAGAUGAAGGCGUACGUUUUAACAAAAAUGAUUCGAAAAGAGUUUCUGCAACCACUGAUCAAUGAACGCUUGAGUACUUUUCACAUGAAAACGGCUCUUUUGUUUACAAUUGAGCAAUUUCCAGAAGACAUAUGGAGAGAUAACAAUCUCGUGCAGUGUGUAAUCUACUGCCUCAACACACUCAGGCGUUUCUUAAAAAGAGGCUACUGUCCACAUUACACCAUCGCCUCUGUCAAUUUGUUUGAAGGAAAACUUACGGCGAAAGACGUCCAGGUUGUUAAAGAAAAUGUUACAGAGAUGAUUAAUUCUAAGCUACGUUGUCUUCGAAUGUUAACUAUGGAUGACGUAGGUUGGAGAAUAUCUGCGAGUUCCACAGGUUUAAGAAAUGACAAUAUACUGUCUGGCUCAGAAAUUCGUUUUGAAAUAAUCAAACCGAUGAUACACAAAUUACGUCUUGAUUAUGACGAGCCAAUCUUGCGCACUCACAACGAUUUAAAAAUGGAGGCUUUGGCAAUUAAGUCAGCGAUGGCAACUGACCAUGAAUUCAAGAAUGAGUUUGAAUUUAUGUUUCACAAUAUGUGCAUCAAUUUAGCAUCACAGGAAGCAUCUGAUUGUAUAGCAAAUGGAAGGGAGGUGACUAGUGACAUUAUCGACAUGUACGAAACAUCUCUUAGAUCAAACAACAUCUCGAAUCAUUUAAGAUAUGCGUCAAUGCUAGUAUCCGCACGUAAGUUUGAACGUUCUUGUGAAUUACUGGAAACAAUCGAAAAUAUGAUUACACCAGGUAUGAUUCAACUUACAGAAUUAUCCAAACAAAGCAUCUAUGUCAGACCUAAAUCACAUCAAGGAUCAAACACAUGUACAUCGACAGAUAUAUUAAUGGAAUAUGCAGCACAUUUUAUCGUUCCUCUCGUGUUUGUUAGAAAUGAAAUAAAUUGUGUUCCAGGACAUCUGAUAUACGAACAUUUUAGGGCCUUCACAGACGAUGAAAUCAAAUGUGAUGAUUUAAAAGUAGGUAAUCGUUAUAUAAAUCAUGUGUUUAAAUCAGAUGUCAAACCAUUCCUCUUCUAUUUGCAAUAUAUUUCGUCAAAAAAUAAAGACAAAAAGCGCCUUGCAUUGACAAAGCUUUUUGAAUACUGCAUGGGCGAAUUACAAAAUAGAACGAGCGACUAUUUAGAUACAGCACUAAACAUGUUAGGUUAUGUUGUUGAAUUAGAAAACUGUUUACCAGUUGCAUGGACAGUAUACAGAUUAUCAGUUGCAAUACAGUCACCCGAAAAUGCAGCUUACUGGCAUCUGUUUCGAUUAUUUGGACAGGUUGUGUACAGUACAUUGUGUUAAUCAAUUUAAUUAUUGAUCGCAAUAAUUGCAAUCACGUUUUGUUCAAAAGGUACUUUACAUAUAUUGCUUCGCUUAGUUAAGAAAUAAAUAUAAUAUUGUACUAUUAAAAACAUUUCAGGGUUAGACAAAACCGUAUGAGAAAGACAACUACGGAAGAUCGCAUUACGUUCUAGUAUUUGUUUCUGCGUUAAACUCGUUUGUACUUUUGUAUACUGAAACGUAAGUUUUUCUACACUUGAAUACUUUAGUUAGGUGAAUCGCAUUCUGCAUUACAUUUAACGCAUAUUGUUGCACUGAUAACUUUCGUGUACUUAAUUUUUCUUUUUUUCUCUUUCAUAUUCAGCCCAGUUAAGACAGACUAUAACGUUUAAAAUGUGUGUAGUAACAUUGUUAAUAAACGUUAAGUAGUUUUUCAUUUUAGUUAUUUGCUCGAGGAAAAUAGUUGUUAUUUUUGAUGCAGUUAAAUUAAGGUGAUAGUUUUAAACAACUUGAUAGCAUGUAGAAUUCUUUGCUAACUACAUGAUUGAACAUAUAGUUUAUUAGUAUAAAUGUAUCGUUAUUUAUUGUUAUUCAUGUAUGCCUUUUGAUAUGUUUUAAUGUGAAUGUAUGUGUGUUAUUAUUGAUAUCCGUUUUUUUACAAUUCAAAAAUAAUACAAUAUGUGAAUAUUGAGUGAUUACUUCUUACGUUAUAGAACUUGUCGUGAAAUGACUGUUGGAUUUGUACAGGACAUUUUUUUUUAUGUUGUGAAAAAGAAUUAUAAACAUUGAUGGCUUUUUUUUGUUUUAAUAUAUAACGAGUGUAGUGUUUUUGUUUCGGUGUUAUAACUUUUCAUAUCAUGAAAAUAUGAAAGAAAGUAAACACAAAAUUAAAGCAUCCAGCUUCAUAUAGAUACAGUGUAUGCGAUGUCACUGCUUUUGUCUAAUCUCUUUACUAUUCACUGAUUACAAACCAUAUCUGCAAACACAAAGGUAUAGUCCGCGGAAGAAUGAUACAAUGUCUAAACAAUCAUAAGUGUAUUACAUUUUGUUAAAGCCAUGUUAUAAUUAGCGAUAUCAUUAUAUUAUUUUUCAUCUAUUCGAUACAUUGUGCAGACAAAUGUUUCUAUAGUAUGUGUCGGCUUGGGAUGACAUGUGUUAGUUUCCCUUCCUAAAACAUAUAUGGUCAUACAAAUUGAGAUGAUCAUUUUUGUUUACUGAAACAAAAUCGGGCAAAUACUAAUUUCGAAGUGAAGUAGAUGAUGCACAUUAUGAGUGCAUUUAUAGAAUAUAUUGUUUAUCGGUAGGCGAAAUUUGCAGUGGACUAACUUUGUGCUUUAUGGUGAAGAUAAUUAAUAUAGUAGUGUAUUCGAACAGUUAUCAGUGCUGAAAUGGCGGAAAGUAAUGCGGAACCAACAAUACGGAACUUAAUGAAACUCAUAAAACAUGUUAGUGAUCGUAUUGAGUCUGUAAAAAAGAAAAUUGGCGGCAUAGAUUCCAUCGAGAAGAAAAUGUGUAACUUGGAAAAAGAUAUAAAUAAACUAUGUGUUGCUCUAGAAGAUAGAGUCGGGAAAGUUGAUGAGCGCGUAACGCGUCUCGAGGACAAGGUGGACGCGGCGGACUUUCACUCUGCGCAGUUGUCGGAGCGGGUACAGGAGCUGGAGAAGGAGAGGGAUACCCUGCGUAACAACUUGACAUACCUCCAAUCGCAAUUUAUGCGUAACAAUUUAAUAUUCACAGGAAUAGCAGAGGUCAAUUCUACAGGAAGAGAGCCACCGGAAACGACGGAGCGGAAGCUUCGCCAGCAUCUUCAUGACGCCUGUAAGAUAGUUCGUGAUGUUGCAGAUUCCAUACGAUUCGAAAGGGUGCACUGUUCACCGGAUUCACCAAUUUCUGGCAGGAUUACAAACAUUGUAGCGAAAUUUACCUAUUUUAAGGACAGAUAGAGCGUUAGGAAGUGCUGGAAGGAAUAGAUGGGACUGUGCACCGUGUAUUCGAACAAUUUCCAUAGGACGUCAUCGAAAAACGGCGUAAAUUAUGUCUAAGAUGACAGAGGCAAUCCGACAGGGUAAGCGAGCGUACCUGAUAUUCGAUACCCUUAAAAUUGACUGAAACGCGGUGCGGGCGUAGGGGCACGAAGGCAGUGAGAUAUCCAUACUAUCAUGGAAUGUACAUGGACUGACUGAAUGUAAAAAAUCUAGUGCUGAGUUUGUUAAUAUGUUAUGUUCUUCCGAUAUAUGUUUCUUGUUUGAAUCAUGGACCAAAGCUUCAAGUAACAUUAAAAUCAAUGGCAACCAAUCUUUUAACUUUUUUAGAAAAUUUCAACACAGGAAUGCACGGCGAUGCAGCGGUGGAAUUGUUAUUUAUUUUAAAGACCAGCUAAAAGAUAACAUACAUGAGGUCUUAAAUGCAUAAAACACUUGAAACGUAAUAAAGCGUCUGGUGGUGACUGUAUUUUAAACGAAUUCUUUAUUGAGUGUAUUGAUAUCUUAUCCAGUCAUGUGUGUGAUGUUUUUAAUAGUAUUUCAAUCUUGGACUAUUUUCCUGAACAAAAUACAGAGGGUAAUAUUAUACCAUUGCAUAAAAAAGGCCCCGAGGACUAUGUGAAUAAUUAUAGAGGAAUAACCCUUGUUAGCUGUUUUUCUAAGCUAUUUACAACUAUUUUAAACAAGCGCAUUGAAUCAUUUUGCGAAAAUAAUGCUUAAAUCUCGGAUGCACAAUUCGGAUUUAGAAAAGGAUGUUCAACCGUUGAUGCCAUAUAUAUUCUUAUGUCAGUUGUACAACAUUUUUCAAAUGAAAAUAAGCGUCUGUAUGUUGUUUACGUUGAUAUGCUUAAAUGUUUUGAUAGCAUAUAUCGCAAUGCAUUAUGGCUUAAAAUGUACAAAUCCGGUAUACAAGGCAAAAUAUUACGAAUAAUUAAAAAUAUGUAUGAAAAUGGAAAGUCAUAUGUAAAAGCAUGUUCGACAUACUCUGAAUACUUAAGCUACGACGUUGGUUUACGACAAGGGAAAGUAAUGCCUCUUAUUCUAUUUUCAUUGUUUGUUAAGGACUUAGAACAUUUUUACAAGAUAGUGUUCAUUCUGAUUGAAAUAUAGAAGAAUAAUUUUAAUGUAAAUGUUUUUUGCAGACGGUAUGGCGAUUUUGGGUAAACCACCAGAAGAAAUACGAUCUCAUUUAGACAACCUUUACCUUUAUUGUAACUCAUGGGGACUUAAUGUUAAUACUAGCAAUACAAAAAUAAUGGUUUUCCGGAAAAGGGGUAGAAUUCGCCGAGAUGAGAUAUGGACAUAUAUAAUGGGGAAACUAUAGAAGUCGUCGAUAAUUUUAAAUAUGA